GUUGAUACGGUGUGGCAGACGAACGAUAUUUUCACCUCGUUAUCCUAAUUAGAAUUCGAGUACGGAAAAAAGACGGGAAUGUCCAAUUAUAUUCGCGGCCAUAAAGGAGGAUUGAGCAAUUAUUUGGAUCGCAACGGGAUCCUGGCUGCACAAUGCUUCAUCCGACUUAUUUCUGCCGAUGGAGCGUAAAAGUGGUCUGCUGGGGGAAAUAAGACAUCUUUCUCACUCAGAAAAUUUCGUGCCCAAGGACAUUUUGAGGACAACAAAGAUUUCGAGCAGGCGACAACACAAACGCGAUAUGUAUACAUAUGAUAUGGUCUUAGCUCUACUAGUGGUCAGUGUAGCAUCUGUAUACGGCCAAUUCGGAGGAGGACACCAUGAUCACCACCAUUUAGAAGAAUACAUUGACUAUAAGGCGCCACCACACUACCAUUGGGACUACGCAGUACACGAUCUGAAACAUCACGAUAUCAAGAGUCAAUGGGAAACGAGGGACCAUGACAAGACGAAAGGAGUUUACACUAUCUUGCAACCUGACGGUAGAAAACGUAUUGUCGAGUACAUAGCUGGUAAACACGGGGUUGACUACAAAGUGAGGUACGAAGGUCAUAGCGAACAUGGAGGUAUUGGAGCCCUUAGCGGUUGAUUGAAUAUGAUGCCAGAGAUUUAGUCUUUAUACUAUGUAUAUUACAUACCUACUGAGCCGCCUUGAUACCUGUGUUGAAUUUUAAGUUGUUUUGUUAAGUUUAUGUUUAUCUAGUUUGUAAUGCAAUAAAACUUGUUGACUCUCCA